AUGGAACAACAUCAUUUAACAGUACAAACAAUAAACAAAAGCAGGAUUUUACUAUAGCGUAUUGGGUUUAACAAUACACCGAGGGACUUUUAAAACGCUCCAGUUUAUGAAAAGAUUUUUUCACAAUUAAAAAAUAAGUUAGAUGUUUUUUAUUAUAAAUUAUAUGUUAUCAACAAGUAAAACACUUUAAACCCUCUAAAAUCCACAAGGAAAAUGAAUGUCGCGAAAAGCUGGCUUUACAUAUGCUAUUUACACAUCUUUGUACGUACCUCACGAUUAUAUCCACGAAAUAAAAUCUAAUCCUGUUGUAUGUGUAUGUAAUCGACUAGCACACAAGAAAAACACAAAAUAUAGUAUAAAAACGUGUUCGCUAGCAUGCCACGCUUACUAGAACAUGAGCGUUCAGAGGCUGUUGUUAUGCUGAGAGCCGGAACUGGCGUUACCGACGUCGCGCGUCAGUUUAAUUGCGCGAGAUCCACGGUUAAACGCCUUUGGGAAAGAUACAAUGUCACUGGAAUUGUAAAAGACCGUCCACAUUCGGGUCAGCCCAAGAUAACAACGCCUAGACAGGACGCCAACCUUCGACGCGUUCACAGCCGUUUCCGCUUCUGUUCUGCCACCCAGAGUGCCAGACUAACAAUUGGUAUCCGUGGGCGACCAAUCCAUGCCCCAACCGUAAGACGUAGACUGCGUGCCGUUGCAUUGCAUUGUCGCAGACCUAAACAGGGAUACAUUUUGACCGAUAUAUACAAAGCUGAGUGAUUUGCUUGGGCACGUAUACAUCAUCGGUGGACCCGACGACAAUAGGGUACAGUUCUUUUACAGAUGAAUCUAAGUUCAAUGUUCAGAACUGUGAUUGGUGUGUUAGAGUGUAUCGUUCAAUAUAUGAGAGGUUCAACGACCGAUGCAUACAGAAUCGUGGCUUUGGUGGCAGCAUUAUUGUGGGCUGGGAUUGCCCAAUUUCAAAAAACUGAUCUUGUCAUUCUCCAGGGCAAUGACAACGCUAGGCGAUACAUAGACACCGUAUUAACUCCUGUUUGUUGCACCAUUAAUGCUGCGUACUCUCAGAGGAGGAUUUUCCAACAAGACAAUGCACCUGCACACUCUGCUCGGCUUACAAGAGCUUUCCUUGCAACGAAUAGAAUUACUUCGUUAAACAGGCCAUCGUUUUCGCCUGACAUAUCUCCCACUGAGCAUGUCUGGGGCGCGUUAGGAAGACGCUUGAGAGCCCAUCGUCCAGCCCCUAGAAAUGUCAACCAGUUACGUCAAGCCUUAAUACGCGAGUGGAAUAACAUUACCUAACAACAAAUUACUAACAUUGUGUGGUCGAUGAGACGUAGAUGCACUUCCUGCAUUGUUUUUAAUGGAAGUUACACGAGUUAUUAAUUUUUGUAAAAAUGCGAAUUUCAAUGUUAAGUGUGUUACCUCUAGAUUUGUGAUAUUUCCUUAAGUUGUUAUAAUUGAUCAAUAAACAUUUCGGAAGUUGCUUGUAACAUACCUUUGCUCAUUAUUGCCAAAUAUCAUACAAAUAGAAGAAUGUUUUCUUUACCAUUUCGUUAUUUUUACAACUGGAGCGUUUUUAAAGUA